AUGGCCUCCUGCUUGGGGAGACAGCUUGGGGCCACUGUGCGCGGGGCGGGCGCUGAGAAUGCCAAGGUCUCUCAAAUCUACUUGAGCUUCAUGAGCAUUGUGAUGGGAGGUUUCCUGGCCUACUUCUUGGUGCUCGGUUGCUGGCAGCGCAUGCGGCAGGCCCUGCAUCGCACACAGACCAUCUUCCUGGACAAGCUUUGUAUCGCCCAGCACGACGAGGCUCUGAAGGAGAAGGGCAUCCUCGGGUUGGCAGCCUUCCUCCAUCGCUCGGACAAGCUGCUGGUGCUCUGGUCCCCACGAUACUUUGCGAGACUCUGGUGCGUGUACGAGAUUGCCACCUUCAUGAAGGAUCGCCACCGUGCCAAGUCGAUCCUGUUCAUCCCGGUGAAGAUGGCCAGCCUCUUCUUCCUGUACUCCGCGAGCUGGCAUGUGCUCACCUACUGUUACUACAUGGUGGAUGAUGCUGCGGACGGCCGCUCACUCCUGCAGCAGACCGUCAUUGUUGCGCCCGUGUUUGCCACCAUCUGCGCCAUCGUGAUCCCGUGCGCCUAUGCCCUGGGCAUCGGGAUGAUGAAGGACGUCGAGGAGCUGCCUGCCCAACUCCGAAGUUUCGAUGUGCGCCGAGCUGCUUGCGCCUGCUGCACUUUUCCGCAGCACCUGCACCCCGAGACCGGACGCGGGAUUCCUUGCGACCGGGCACUGGUGCUGCGCAUGCUGCACAAGUGGUACGGCUCUCCCGACCAGGAUGAGGACGGCUACCUCGAGCAGUUCAACUCCCUGGUGCGCUGCGAGCUGGCACCGCAGAUCUUGGGCCAAGUGAACAGGACACCAUGCUACUCCUUCUACGUUGUUGCUGCCCCGAACGUGCCUUUCCUCGCCUACUACAUCCCAAGGUGGUUUCAGCUUGCGCCUGCCGGCGCAAGCUUCACACACCUUGCCGUCUGGGCCCUUCGUCACCUCAUGGGCUGGGCCAUCCUGACACUGGUUGCGCUCUUCUCAGUGCGAGUGUCAAUGUUCCUGUGGCAGGUGGGCCUCAGCCUCUCCCUCAAGCGAUCCAGGCUCCUGGUGUCCGCCGCGCUGGUGCCGGGGGCUUUCCGCGACCGCAGCCUGAAAGCGAUUAGCCCCAACUUCCCGGUGAUGCUGGUGCUGGGUGCCUCCGCUUGGCUGCCCUUCCAGAUAACCUUUGCGGUGACCGAGGAGGAUGACAUCCUGCCCAUCAUCCCCUUCGGCGUGCUGGUGGUCAUCGUCCUGUACCUCUACCGCCCGGCCAGAGGAAUGACCGCAGACGAAGCCCCGCCGCAGGUUGCUGGGAACCUAGUUCUCCCCGUCAAUGUCCAGAAGGAGGACUUGGCGCCAGAGCUGUUGCGGGGCGUGCCGCUGCAUGUGGCGCUGAGCGGCUGGGCGAAGCACUGGGGGUCUCCAGACAGCGGCCGCUUCGGCUCCGAGGCCACGAGCUAUGAACUCAGCGUGCCCUGCGCGCACUUCGGCUAUUUCCUCAGCCACGACUGGGGCACGCCACGGUUCCAGAAGCUUCUGUGCCUGCUGAUUGUCUUCAACUCCCGCGCGGCACUGCUGGCCUCCCUGGCAGCCAGCGCCUGCGUUGGCUUCCUCGAGGCAUGGGUUGGUCUUCCCAUGAACCUCUGGACCCCCUGCAUCGGUUUCCUGGCAUACUUCUUGGUGCUCGGUUUCUGGCAGCGCAUGCGGCAGGUCCUGCACCGCACACAGACCGUCUUCCUGGACAAGCUUUGCAUCGCCCAGCACGAUGAGGCUCUGAAGGAGAAGGGCAUCCUCGGGUUGGCAGCCUUCCUCCAUCGAUCGGACAAGCUGCUGGUGCUCUGGUCCCCACGAUACUUUGCGAGACUCUGGUGCGCCUACGAGAUCGCCACCUUCAUGAAGGAUCGCCAGCGCGCCAAGUCGAUCCUGGUCAUGCCGGUGAAGAUGGCCAGCCUCCUCUUCCUGUACUCCGCGAGCUGGCAUGUGCUCACCUACUGCUACUACAUGGUGGAUGAUGCUGCAGAUGGCCGCUCACUCCUGCAGCAGACCGUCAUUGUUGGGCCCGUGUUUGCUGCCAUCUGCGCCAUCGUGAUCCCCUCCGUCUAUGCCCUGGGCAUUGGGAUGAUGAAGGACGUCGAGGAGCUGCCUGCCCAACUCCGGAGUUUCGAUGUGUGCCGAGCUGCUUGCUCCUGCUGCACCUUUCCGCAGCACCGGCACCCCGAGACUGGGCGCCGGAUUCCUUGCGACCGGGUGCUGGUGCUGCGCAUGCUGCACAAGUGGUACGGCUCCCCCGACCAGGAUGAGGACGGCUACCUCCAGCAGUUCAACUCCCUGGUGCGCUGCGAGCUGGCACCGCAGAUCCUGCGCCGAGUGGGCAGCGACACCAUGCCCCUCAGCUACUCCUUCUACGUUGUUGCUGCCCCGAACGUGCCUUUCCUCGCCUACUACAUCCCAAGGUGGUUUCAGCAAGCGCCUGCCGGGGAAAGCUUCACACACCUUGCCGUCUGGGCUCUACGUCGCCUCAUGGGCUGGGCCGUCCUGACACUGGUUGCGCUCUUCUCAGUGCGAGUGUCAAUGUUCCUGUGGAAGGUGGGGCUCAGCCUCUCCGUCAAGCGAUCAAGGCUCCUGGUGUCCGCCGCGCUGGUGCCGGUGAUGCUGGUGCUGGGAACCUGCGCUUGGCUGCCCUUCCAGCUUGCCUUUGCAGCGACCGAGGAGGAUGACAUCCUGCCCAUCAUCCCGUUCAGCUUGCUGGUGGUCACCGCACUCUAG